AGCUCUUCUCACACAUUUUUGGUCCACCGUCCCGAGAACGGUCGCUACUUUCGUACUCUGAGGACCGCCCCCCCUUCCCUCCCUCCCAUCCCGUCCCGGUUGAGAGAGAACAGUAAGAUAGCGUGAAACUCGAAGAGUUCGUUGGGUUUUUUUCUGGGUUUUUGGGAGUAGGGUAUUUCGUUUGUUUGUUUGUUUUUUGGGGUUUUCGACCGGGGAAAGGCAAACACGUUUGAAAAGGUAAUUAAAGGCGGCGUGUAGUCAUGAAUUUAGGCUCGCUGCUUCUCGCGGCUUUGUGCCUGUUCUCCUGCGGGGUCGGGAGGGUCUGUCAGGCGGAAGAAGGGCUCGAUUUUCCCGAGUACGAUGGCAAGGACCGCGUGCACGACCUCAACACCAAGAACUUCAAGGCUGUCAUGAAGAAAUACGACGUCAUGGUGAUUCUGUACCACGAGCCGGUGGAGAGCGACCGUGCCUCCCAGAAACAAUUUCAGAUGGAAGAGCUAAUUUUAGAGCUGUUAACUAACCGAGCUGCCUUGACCUAUCAGUUGGCCGCUCAGGUCCUCGAUGACUUGGAGGAUGAAGAUAUCGGGUUCGGUCUCGUCGACUCGGAGAAAGAUGCAGCUGUUGCUAAAAAACUGGGUAUGGACGAGGAGGACAGCAUUUACAUCUUCACAGACGAUGAGGUCAUCGAGUACGAUGGGGAGCUGGCGGCCGACACUCUGGUCGAGUUCAUUUUGGACGUGAUUGAAGACCCCGUGGAGUUCAUCGAGGGGGAGCGCGAGCUGCGGGCAUUCGAGAACAUCGAAGACGAGAUCAAACUGGUGGGAUACUUCAAGAACGAGAAUUCAGAGCACUACAAAGAGUACGAAGACGCCGCUGAAGAGUUUCACCCCUACAUCAACUUCUUUGCCACUUUUGAAGCAAAGAUCGCUAAGAAACUGGAUCUGAAAAUGAACGAGGUUGAUUUUUACGAGCCCUUCAUGGAUGAACCCAGAGUGAUCCCGGGAAAGCCGUACACAGAGGAUGAGAUUGUGGACUAUAUCGAGGAUCACCAGAGGCCAACAUUGAGGAAGCUGGAGCCAUACAACAUGUACGAGACCUGGGAAGAUGAUAUCGAUGGGUUCCACAUCGUUGCCUUCGCAGAAGAAGAGGACCCAGACGGUUUUGAGUUCCUGGAGAUCCUGAAGGAAGUCGCUGAAGACAACACCGAUAACCCAGACCUGAGUAUCAUUUGGGUCGACCCUGAUGACUUCCCCCUGCUCGUUCCCUACUGGGAGAAGACCUUCGACAUUGACCUGUCCUCACCACAGAUCGGGGUCGUCAAUGUCACUGAUGCGGACAGCGUGUGGUUGGAGAUGAAGGAUGAUGAUGACCUGCCCUCCGCCGAAGAACUGGAGGACUGGAUCGAGGAUGUUCUCGACGGAGACAUCAACACCGAGGAUGAUGAUGAUGAUGAUGAUGACAGCGACGAGGAUGACAGCGACGAGGACGACAGCGAUGAAGAUGAUGACAGCGAUGAAGACGAUGACAGUGACGAAGACGAUGACAGUGACGAAGACAGCGAUGAAGACGAUGAUGAUGAUGAUGACAGCGAUGAAGACGAUGAUGAUGAUGAUGAUGAUGAUGACAGCGAUGAAGAUGACGACAGUGACGAAGACGAAGAUGACGAUUAAACUCUCAUCUUUCAGAAAAUCCGCCUGCUGCCCCCCACCCCAAAAAAACAGGCCGAUUUGUUUUGUCAUUGAUUCUCUACAUCAUUGAUCCCACCUUUCCUAUCCCCCACCGUCUGUUAUCCUAUUACCAACACCCAUCAAAAAGUCACCUUUGCUUCAUACUCUCCUCGUCAAGCACUCGUCUUGUUGAAUUCAAAUCAAGACUCACCCUUGUUUCAGUCCUCCCGUCGACACAUGAAUUCAAACCCGUCCGUCUUCAGGAAUAAUCACCGCAUCACAAUCUGAGACCUUCUCAAUAGGUUUCUGAUUCUCGGGAGAACUGUCUAGUUUCUACCCCCCCUAAUCCCCCUAAAAAAAAAAGGUUUUGUCCUAUCCUAAAUAAAGAUGGACAGUGUCUUACAA